AUGACGCGUUUUCUCGCGGACCAGACGAACACGCAUCCUCCCUCCACGUCGUCGUCCCCGAAGAAAUACACCAGAGAUGAAUUAGAGGCUCAAUUUAUGCGGUUGUAUCGCGAAAUGUGCGCGAAGGAGGAAGAGGAGGAAGAGGAGGAGGACACCCCUCCUGCGGGAGUUGACUCUCCCGAAGACGUAAACGACGACUUUGGUCAAAAACAUCAUCGCUUUCUCGUCGGAAAAGACGACAAAGAGGACAAACAAUUGCGAGCAAAAACGUCGUACGUGAUGGACGUAUCGACCCUGGAGGAAAACGAGCGGGUAAAACUCGCGCGCGUGCGAGAACAGCAACGGAAGGACUUUGAAAUCGAAAGGUUGAAACGAACAGUUAAGAUGCUCUGCGAACAACAACAACAACAACAACAACAAAGACAAAAAGGAAACAAUGACUACGACUACGACUACAACAGCGAAAGCGAUCGACGCAAUCGAGGACGGAAAGGAAUCGAUGCGGAGAGCGUUGACGUGUUGACCGAGUACGACGCGGAGCUGAAAAGUAGAGAGAUUAUUAUCGCAGAGUUGCGCGAGGCGCUGAGCGAGACGAAGAGAAACGCCAACGCUCGGACGAUCGAGAGGAAGCCGACGAGCGCUUCGUCUUCGACGAAACUUACGCUGAACUGCAACACGAGCGACGAGAGAGAAGAGAUUUUAUUCCUCAGACGAGAGCUUCGAAAGAGUGAAAACGCUCGAGAGAAAGACUCCGCGAAGCACCUCGACCUCGCCUUGCGCGAAAAACGCGUCGCGCUUCGCGAGAAAGCCACGAAUACUCGCGAUAAACGAUUAGAACUUCUCGAAUUCGAAAGAGCGAAAAUUCUCGAACGCGCGAAAGUCGCCGAAACGAACGUCGCGCUGUUGACGUCGUCCUUAGAGAAAGUCGAGAAGCAAAAUCAAAAGUACUUGGAGCAACUCCGCGCUUCGCGCAAACGAGACGUGGUAGCGGACAGAUAUACGAACAGAGCGUAUUACUAUUAG